AUGGCCUGGCUCUCUGCCUCGUGCUGGCUGCAGCGCUGUGACAGCAAGCACGUCACCAUCGCGGACUGCUUCGGGGCCGGCCGUGCCCCGGGGUGCACCGGGCCCAGCAUCGCCUUCUCUGCGCCGGGGCAGCUUCACCCCGAGUGCUGGGGGCAGCUUUGGGCACUGCAAUGGGGCACAGCGCUGCUGGCCCCGGCCCUGGCCUUCAACCUGGGCUGCGACCCCGCCGACGCCGCGCAGCUGCGCCUGCAGAGGUACGAGAGGAGCGGCGCCGCGGAUGGGGAGGGCAGCCGGUCCGUGCUGUCGGUGCCCCCGUUCGCCAGGGAGCUGCACCUGGAGAUGGUCCGCUCGCCGGCCUACAGCGCACGGGGAAGCUACGACAGCGCGCUGUACAGGCACUUCGGAACCCCGCGACUGGUCCAGGAGGGAGACAUCCUGUGUGUUCCAACAUUUGGAAAUGCUGAAUUUAUAGAACUAAAUGCAGACAAGUUCCUAAGGUGGCCAGAGCUAUAUUUCAAGGUGAAGAAGAUUGUGGGCAUGGUGGAAGGCGAGCAGUCCGAGGGUUACCUGGUGGACACCCAGAACACGUCUCUCUAUCUGGUGGGUUCCACAAACAGCACCGUCCCAUCUGCCCCAGCCUAUAACAGCAACGAGUUCUGGAGCAGCCUGUCUCCCGCGGGACUUUCUGACGUCGUGAAGCAGCUCUGCGACGCUCUUCGGCCUCACCUCAACCGCCAGGCCAGCGCGCUGAGCGGCGUGGGCAGCGUUCUCCUCUCGGGGCCGAGCGGCAGCGGGAAGCUGGUGGCUGUCAGAGCCGCGUGCAGCUGCCUCAACCUCCACCUCUUCAAGGUCGAUUGCGUCAGUUUGUGCAGUGACACCAGUGCAGCCACAGAGGAGAAAGUGCAGGUGGCCUUCAGCCAGGCCCAGCAGUACCAGCCCUGUGUGCUCCUGCUGAAAGACCUGGAGGUGCUUGGCAGAGACAGAGACGGGCUUGGGGAGGAUGCCAGGGUCAUUGCUACUCUGAGGCAGCUGCUCCUGGACAAGGACCCAGCACUGAGCCACCCCGUCCUAGUGAUUGGCACAACCUGCAAGCCCCAGAAUGUUCCCACAGAUCUGCAGACUGCUUUCCUUCACGAGGUGAAGAUCAAAGCCCCUUCAGAGGAGCAGAGGAGGUUGAUGCUGAGCAUGCUGACUGCCAGCCUGCCUCUGGGCAAAGAAGUGAGCUUGUCCAAGCUGGCCCGCAGGACUGCUGGAUUUGUGCUGGGAGAUUUCUGUGCCUUGUUGUCCCACAGCGGCCGGGCUGCUUGCACCCGCAUCCAGGUGUUGAGUUUUCCAGGCGGACUGAGCGAGGAAGUGGAGAGGGAUUUUUGCACUGCUGGGUUCCCGGUGCUCGAGGAGGAUUUUAGUGCUGCACUGGACCAGCUGCAUGAUGCCCAUUCACAGGCAGUGGGAGCCCCAAAGAUCCCUUCAGUGUCCUGGCAGGAUAUUGGUGGGCUGCAGGAGGUGAAGAAGGAGAUCCUGGACACUAUCCAGCUGCCCCUGGAGUACCCAGAGCUGCUGUCACUGGGUCUGUGCCGCUCUGGUCUGCUGCUGUACGGGCCUCCAGGGACAGGGAAGACCUUGCUGGCAAAAGCUGUGGCAACAACGUGCACCAUGACAUUCCUUAGCGUGAAAGGGCCGGAGCUCAUCAACAUGUACGUUGGGCAAAGCGAGGAGAACGUGCGCAAUGUGUUUGCCAGAGCCAGGGCAGCUGCUCCCUGCAUUAUCUUCUUUGAUGAACUAGAUUCCCUGGCCCCCAGUCGUGGGCGAAGUGGAGAUUCAGGGGGUGUCAUGGACAGAGUUGUCUCACAGCUCCUUGCAGAGCUUGAUGGCCUUCAUUCCAGCAGAGAGGUGUUUGUCAUUGGAGCCACAAACAGGCCUGACCUCUUGGACCCAGCUCUGCUACGGCCGGGCAGGUUUGACAAGCUGGUCUACGUGGGCAUCAGUGAGGACCGGGAGUCGCAGCUGCAGGUGCUGAGCGCCGUCACCAGGAAAUUUAAACUGGAUCCUUCUGUGAAUCUCACCACCAUCCUAGACAAAUGCCCGGCUCAGCUGACAGGAGCAGAUAUCUAUGCCCUGUGUUCAGAUGCCAUGAUGUGUGCUGUCAAACGCAAGGUGGAGUGGAUUGAGGAAGGGCUGGAUACUGAGAAGUCUGCUCUGAUCUUGACCAUGGAAGACUUUCUGCAGGCUGCUGCCAGGUUGCAGCCAUCAGUCUCUGAGCAGGAGCUGCUCAGGUACAGACUCAUCCAGCAGAAGUUUGCGGCUUCCUAAUGCUCAGCUCAGCAGAGCUGGGGCUGGAGAACAGGCACAAACAGGCACCUGCCCGCUUUUCUCUGUUGCCUCCUGGGCCCCUCUUCUUUUGAGCUUGGGUGGAAAUAGUGUCAGUGCAGUUUCCCAAGGCAAGUGGUGGUGGAAGUGCUACUCUGCUCACCCAGGAGGGUUCUGUAAGAGUCCCUCACGUGUUAGUGGUGGGUUGUGGAUGCCAG